AGCUUGGGAUUUUGGCACGAGGCUUUUAGCACGAAUUUAGCUAAAUAGCUUGUAAGCUAACCUGUUUUUUAAAUGAAAAUACAGCAUUUGUAACCAAUUUCUUCAGCUUUUUGUAAAUAAGUCGAUAAUUUCUGACACCAAAUGAUCCUGCUCACCUUUUUACAGAUGAAAAUGUGUUUUAUAGUGACCAAAGAAGGUAAAUGUACAGUACAAAAUUACGGAACAUGAUGUACAAACAUGGAUGUCAUGCUAGUCGUUUGUGGUGUUUUUACUUGGAAGAAAGAAAUGCGAUUUUAAACCACAGCUACAGAUAUAUGUGUUGGGUUUUUAGUAAUUUUCACGCAUGCUACCAUCAUGUGAGUUAUGUUUAUUUUAACGGGGAGACGUGACCCGCCCGUGCAGGCCUGGGUACUUCAUGUUAGGGCCCUUCUGCAGUUUAUCGGAGGGAAGAAACCGUUCUGUGGCUGUAACUGCCAGGCCAAACCCCAGAAAAACCAGAGGAAACAAAGGACAAGCUAACACCAGGAGAACAAGUUUGAGCCGGCUUUUGCAGGAGUGCAUGUGGGGGCGAGGCCAUGCUGCUGGCUGCAUGCUGCAGAUAAGCUAUCGAGUCUCCAAGGACGUGUUUUUUGAACAACUCCGCCUAGAUCUGCUCUGCAAUUCCAUUAGAACAGUCUGAGCCAAUUACACAGCCACCAUUAGUUUGGGUUGCCUCAUUUGCCGCGUGGUGACAGCAUUUAGAGCAGGUGGGCAGGAUGGGGGAGCGGACCGUUGGCGGCCCCGUGGCUGCGAUUUCUCCAGUGCAGCAGAUGCUGGCCUCUGGCACUGGAGCCCUCCUCACAUCUCUAUUUGUCACGCCGCUGGACGUUGUGAAGAUAAGGCUGCAGGCUCAGCAGACACCGUUCCACCAAGCUUUAACCUGUGAACCGGCCCCAUGGGGGGGUGUCAGCCGCCUUCACAAGAGGAAAUGCUUCCUGUACUGCAAUGGAUUGAUGGAUCACAUCUACGUUUGCCAGAACGGAACCAGUUGCAGCAGCACCUGGUACAAAAAGCCCACACACUUCAGUGGGACUCUGGACGCCUUUGUCAAAAUAACGCGCCAUGAAGGACUCAGGACUCUGUGGAGUGGGCUACCGCCGACGCUGGUCAUGGCGGUCCCAGCCACCAUCAUCUACUUCACCUGCUACGACCAGCUGCGGGACUCCCUGCAGUUCGGCGUGGGCCUGCAGGGCAGCUACGUCCCUCUUCUCGCCGGAGCUCUGGCCAGACUGGGGGCAGUGACCGUCAUCAGCCCGUUGGAGCUCAUCAGGACUAAAAUGCAGUCCAGGAAGUUGUCCUACAGCGAGCUGCGGGUGUGCAUCCGCUCUGCCGUGGUUCAGGGCGGCCUGCUGUCGCUGUGGAGGGGAUGGGGUCCCACCGUUCUCAGAGACGUGCCCUUCUCUGGGCUGUACUGGUUUAACUACGAGCUGGUGAAGGCCCAGCUCUGCGAGCAGCGUCGAACAUCCCAGGCCAGCUUUUCAAUCAGCUUCACUGCAGGAGCCGUCUCUGGAGCGAUGGCUGCAGUGCUGACUCUGCCGUUUGACGUGGUGAAGACUCGGAGGCAGAUCCAGCUGGGAGAGAUGGAUUCUCUCGGAGUCUCUGUAAAGAAAACCUCGUCCACCUUGACCAUAAUGAGGGAAAUAUGGACUGAAUUGGGCUACAAGGGUCUUUUUGCAGGUUUUAUGCCCAGAGUGAUCAAAGUGGCUCCAGCUUGUGCUGUUAUGAUCAGCAGUUAUGAGUUUGGAAAGGCCUUUUUUCAGAAGGUCAACCUUGACCGACAGCGCUUGGUAACCUGAAAGCCGCUGCUGUGGCUCCCAGUUUAAUCAUUCGAAACGGACGGUAAAUCCUCCGAUUAUCUGUCUUUAAAGGAAAUUCUGAGGAAGUGGAUGCAGUUUUUUUUUUUAAUAACUAAGGAUUUACACUCUUUAGUUGGAAUGGAUCUACCUAAAGCUUUUCUGUCUUAAAAAAAAAGCUUAAACGAGCAACACGCCGUGUUCCGGUCGAUUUUGCAUUUGACUGAAGUGAACAGAACAAGUCAGAGUAAAAUGCAACGAAUCCUCUCUGACUGCAGCAACGAUGGACCCACUUUCCCUUGCACACGGUGGAACGUCGCCUGUCCUCAAUCCUGCAUCGAUCAGCCUGGAAACCUGCAUGACGAUAAACGGCUGCAGCAUCGCGAGUCCAGGCAGUUAUCUGCUGUGUAGAUGACUGAGUUAUGUUUUGUACCGAACAAACUCUUAGUUUUGUAUUUUACUAUUGCAACAGAGAAGCUGUGAAAGGAAGUAACAAUGUAUGACGACUGUGUUUCUUUUUGGUUCAUGAGGAGUCAUCGUUUAUGGUUUAGUGUCGGAUCUGUUCACUGAAAGUGGCACGUUUGAGGAGAAUUUUGCUGAUUUUACAGCAUGUCUUCAUUUGUGCAUGAAGCGUUGAGAACAUACUGCUAUGAAUACAUGUAUGAAAAUAAAUCAGGUUCUUUAAUGCUUUUACAUUCAUGAUCCAGCACAAAACUCCUAGAAAGGUCAGGUUCCAAAAAGAAGUUGUUUGCCUUAAUUAGGAAAAUGUUUUUGUAUAAAGAAAAAUGAAUUAAAAUUCUGAAGCCUGUUUAUUGGA